GUGACACUCUGGGACGGGAAGCAGAACAAACUGUAAGCUGCUGGGGAUCCAUCUUGCUCGAAAAAGAGACGAGGUUGGAAGGGUUUACCAGCUAAGAGACUCAAAAACUGCGUCGUUCCUCACCGAGUCCGCUGGGGAGCCCGAGGAGGGGCUGUGUCGCUGUUUGUAGGAUGUCCCGACAUGAGGGUGUGAGCUGUGAUGCAUGUUUAAAGGGAAACUUUAGAGGAAGGCGAUUUAAGUGUCUAAUUUGCUACGACUACGACUUGUGUGCAUCGUGCUACGAGAGCGGGGCCACUACGACACGACACACCACAGAACACCCCAUGCAGUGUAUAUUAACCAGAGUAGACUAUGAUUUGUAUUAUGGAGGAGAUACCUUUUCCGUGGAACAACCUCAGUCGUUCACAUGUCCUUAUUGUGGUAAGAUGGGCUUCACUGAGACAUCCCUACAGGAGCAUGUCACCUCAGAGCAUUCAGAGACGUCCACAGAGGUGAUCUGUCCAAUCUGUGCUGCUUUGCCGGGAGGCGAUCCAAACCACGUGACGGAUGACUUUACGGCUCACCUCACCCUUGAGCAUAGAGCGCCAAGAGAUUUAGAUGAGUCCAGUAGUGUACGGCAUGUACGCAGGAUGUUCCACCCAGGACGAGGAUUGGGCGGUCCCAGAGCUCGACGGACAAAUAUGCACUUUACUAGCGGCUCCACAGGGGGACUGUCAUCCUCCUCAUCACAGAGCUCCGCUUACACCCCCAGUAACAGAGAGACGAUGGACCCCAUUGCAGAGUUGCUGUCUCAACUGUCAGGCGUGCGGCGGGCUGCAGGGGGGCAGAUAAACUCGUCAGGCCCUUCAGCCUCCCAACUCCACCAGCUCCAGAUGCAGCUGCAGCUGGAGCGGCAGCAGGCCCAGGCGGCCCGACAGCAGGUAGAGGCGGGCCGCCAUGCAACGCGACGUGGCAACAAUCCCAGCAACACGGGCAACUCUGUCCCCCCACCCAGCUCGUCCACUGCCAACACCAACGCUGUGGGUGAAAACAAUCCCUCAUCCUCCUCGCAAAGCUCACAGUUUCUAUUAGCACGGUUGAAUGAACCCAAGAUGUCCGAAGCAGAGCGUCAAUCCCUAGAAGGAGAGCGAGCCGACCGCAGCUUGUUCGUCCAGGAGCUGCUUCUGUCGACGCUAAUGCACGAGGAAAGCUCCUCCUCUGACGAGGAAGAGCGCCGAGACUUCGCCGACUUCGGAGCCAUGGGCUGCGUGGACAUCAUGCCUUUAGACGUGGCGCUGGAGAACCUCCAGCUCAGAGAGAGCAGCUCCUCAGGGAGCGAGCCUCCGCCGCCUCCUCUUUGAUGUCCGAGCAUCAAACAGACUUUGUCCUCUGUGCUGCAACUGUCAGUGAAGGGGCAGCAGACAGCCGCGGUCCUCCCUGGCCCCGCCCUAAUUUCUCUCUCUCUCUUCCUAUCUCCCCCUCUUUCUCUCUCCCCCCUCUAUCUUCUCAGUUUGUUUUUGGUGAUUGUAAUUUAAGGCCCGUCACCGUAACUUGUUACAUUGUAAACAAAGCAAAAAGAGAACAAUUGGAAUAAAAUGUUCAUAUGGGGAAAGGAAGAGAAGAGAUUUAUAUAAAUAUAUAGAAAAUAUAUAUAAAGUUGAUAAUCAAUCCACUUAACUUUUCUUUAUCAGGUGAGUGUUGCAGGCUGCUUCUCUUCCUGUGACAUGUGAAGGGCCCUUCAUAUAAAUACUCCACAUUCAGAAGUCAAGAGAACACCUCUGAUGAAGCUGCUGUGUGUGUUAAAAUAAAUAAAAAGUGUUUGGAUGGGUGACCAUGACUUAAAGCAUGCAGUUAUUUGCAGCGUGCAUGACCUUUAAAUGACCCUGUCAUGAAAUUUUGUAUUUUUUCUUUAAAGAUAUCCCAAAGCGUUUAACCCUUUCAAAUGGUUACAUCAAAUAUAGCUUAAGUCUUGAAUAUUAAGUAGCAUAUAAACUGACAUGCAGAAAUCGGACUCUAAAGGUCUGUCUUGUUUGGUCUUUUUUUUCAUCGAGUAAUUAAAAUGAAGAGAAUCGACUGGAAGCCUAAGAGGACACUGCGGUUUGAGAAUCCAGUCAGAUUUUUCUGUAUUAUGGCUGCGGACACGAAAGCGAAGAAUGUAAGAAAAGAGCUUUGCCUCUAGAUUUUAAUCUUUAGUUUGAAGAUUUUAAAGCACAGUGUAGUUUUUAAUUUAUAAAAGACUUGAUCCGGUGCUUCUCCUCUCUGCUCGUGUCAGACCACAAAGGCUUGUUGAAUUUUUGCCGGGGAUUAACUUUUCUUUUUCUUUCCCCCUUAACUCUUUUAAUUUUUCUGUUAAAGCUAGCACUUUCUAUUUAUUUAUACCUGUUUUAUGAUUCGUUUGAGCCUUGACAUGGAUCUUGCCACCUUCAUGCCUCUACUUUUACCCUCUAUGUAAAGAAAUGUACAUUGAAUUUUUUGCGUUAACUUUCAUAAUGAUUCUAUGACAUGAGCAGACUUUUUUAAAGUGUAAAUUUAGAAUACAAUAAAUAUGGCACACAUCCUUUGAAGGAAGUGAAA